AUUAUAACACUGGCACAAAUGGAGACGUCUCUCUUCCUCACAAUUCUCACCACCCUCCAAAAUACAAAGCUCAAAAUCAGACAAGUCCACUGGUACACAAAAUACAAUUCUCCUUGAACAAGCCUCACUCACGAAUCUCGUGAUCACCGUGACCAAGCUGCUGCAGUAGCCAUGGUGUUUGAUUCCGAGAAGCAAUCGAUCGUUUCUCUUGGACAGGUUGGUGAUUCAUCUUCAGGUGGGAUUAGCUCGGUCAAAGAGCCUCUGAUUAAGGAGAAUCACCACAGCCCAGAAGACUACUCUGUUCUUGCAGCCAUUCCCUCGUUUCUCUUUCCAGCUCUUGGAACUUUGCUUUUUGGUUAUGAGAUUGGUGCUACUUCUUGUGCAAUUAUCUCUAUUAAGUCUCCUACGCUAAGUGGGAUCUCAUGGUACAACUUGUCUCCAGUGGAUGUUGGUAUCAUUACUAGUGGCUCACUGUACGGUGCCUUAAUUGGAUCCAUUGUGGCAUUUAGUAUUGCCGACACUAUAGGAAGAAGAAAGGAGCUGAUCUUGGCUGCAUUCUUAUAUCUUGUUGGAGCCAUUGUGACUUCACUAGCACCUGUCUUCUCUGUCCUGAUAAUUGGACGCCUUAUGUACGGCGUUGGGAUUGGACUGACAAUGCACGCUGCUCCAAUGUACAUUGCAGAGACUUCACCAAGUCAGAUACGUGGACGGAUGAUAUCACUAAAGGAGUUCUCAACCGUCAUUGGUAUGGUUGGAGGUUAUGGGAUCGGUAGCCUCUGGGUUACUGUUAUAUCUGGCUGGCGUUACAUGUACGCAACGAUCAUCCCUGUGCCAGUUAUCAUGGGGAUUGGAAUGUGUUGGCUACCAGCAUCCCCUAGGUGGCUUUUACUUCGCUCUCUCCAGGGGAAAGGGAAUGUAGAGAGCCUUCAACAGGCUGCGAUCAGGUCUCUUCGCCGCCUUAGAGGGUCUGUUGUUGUUGACUCAGCUGUUGAACAAGUGGACGAGAUCUUGGCUGAGCUUUCCUCGGUGGGUGAGGGUAAAGAAGCUACGCUUGGUGAGAUAUUUCAAGGAAAGUGCUUGAAGGCUCUCACUAUAGCUGGAGGUUUAGUCUUGUUACAACAGAUAACUGGGCAACCAAGUGUACUUUACUAUGCACCAUCAAUAUUACAGACGGCUGGCUUCUCUGCUGCAACUGAUGCAACUCGGAUCUCAAUUCUACUCGGUCUAUUGAAGUUGGUUAUGACUGGGGUUGCUGUUAUAGUGAUUGAUAAACUUGGAAGGAGGCCUUUACUUUUUGGUGGUGUUAGUGGCAUGGUGAUUUCAUUGUUCCUCUUGGGGUCCUACUACAUCUUUUAUAAUACUGUUCCAGCUGUUGCUGUAGUUGCAUUGCUACUGUAUGUGGGCUGCUAUCAGUUAUCCUUUGGCCCUAUUGGUUGGUUGAUGAUUUCAGAGAUAUUUCCUUUAAAAUUAAGAGGUAGAGGAAUCAGCAUAGCAGUGCUUGUGAAUUUUGGCACAAACGCGCUUGUCACAUUCGCUUUCUCACCUUUAAAGGAGCUGUUUGGAGCAGGAGUAUUGUUCUUUGGAUUUGGAGUGAUAUGUGUACUGUCUCUUUUCUUCAUAUACUUCAUUGUACCCGAGACAAAGGGUCUCACUCUUGAAGAAAUUGAAGCCAAAUGUCUCUAAAAAGGUCUUCUCAUCUUAAGCUCCGUUUUCACUGAUGAUGAGUGGCAGCAAACCACAAGUGGGCGUAGCCAUUUUUUACCGCGGAAUUGGUGAGUGCAGCUCGCGCGGUAAUUAAACGUUUUGGUGCGUUGUUGACCAAGUUUUAAAAUUUAAAUAUGUUAUCUAUAAUGCAAAAAGCCACCCAUCUAUUUUUUUGUGUAUUUUUGUUGUGGUUGUCCAUAUAAACAACAUUAUUUUUUCUUUAGUAAGAUAUGAGAUAUGAAAUUGAAAAUAA